AUGGCCGUUGAUCACUCGUCGGAAGACUUUCUUGCAAAUGGGUUCUACCAUCUCUACACUGAGCUGCAGGACGAUGCAUAUUUGGCGUACGAAAUCGCCGAACUGUGCGUACCGUGUGCGGAAUCUACUAUCAUUCCGGACGUGAUGGCGGCACCUAGUGUCGAGGUCCAUCCACCGAGCUCCACCGAAUUGCUCCAGAUUCUUGACGAUGUGGUUGAUCUUCAGCUGGAACUGAACGUAGAAAACUUCAUCCUUGAGUACAACAGUGUAGAUUUUAGUCAACUGUGGGAAAACGAGCUGCAACUACCGGAGAAGACAUACCUUUGUGAUGAGUCGUGCGAUGCCUUCAUUAGAUCAUCGAAAUCGUUCGAAAGCGAUACUGCAUCCCAUCGACUGCUGCCGGCUUCUAAACGACGCUCAGCAGCAGGAACCGUCAGAAAACAAAGUGAAAACGAGCCCGACUCCACCGGCACGUUUGUGUGUCCGUUCGAAACGUGCCGCAAAGUGUACGCGAAGCCAGUACACCUGAAGGCGCACUUACGCCGCCAUGUUGGUGAUAAGCCUUACCACUGCAAGUGGCCCGGAUGCCAGUGGCGCUUUUCGCGGUCGGAUGAGCUUUCGCGGCACUUCCGGUCGCACUCCGGUGUGAAACCGUAUCGCUGUGAGCAUUGUCCCAAGUGCUUCUCACGAUCGGACCAUCUGGCAAAGCACAGGAAAGUGCACGAGCGGAAACUUGCCGCAGGAAGCGGAAAUUCAAAAGGCAUGCCGGGUUCGUGGACCGGAACUGCGCCGAUGAGGGGACGUCCUGGCCGGAAGCCGAAGCAAACGGGAAAACUGCCAGUGAAAUGA